AUGGGAACCGCACCGUUUCUGACCAGCGAGUCGCGCGCAGUCUGCCACGAAAAACGCACCGUGGAGUCCCAGCCGAAGAUUGGGUCGACGUUCGAGUUCAGCCACUUGACUGUACGUGGAUCAGAUGGGUAUCCAGACCCCCAGUUCGCUCCUUUGGCCAUGUGGUACAAGCUACAGUCUCUGGUCACUUUCGCCACAAUCGACGCCGUGGACACGAUCGGGAACAAACUAUCGGCCUUCUUGGUCACCGUGACUCUAAUUCCCGGGAACCUGUUGCUCAGCUUCCGUUGA